GCUUACUUAGAAACACCUGUAUAGUUUUUUUUUUAUAACAUAUCACAACAAUCUUAACUUUUAUGGAUCCUUUUCCAAGAAAAUUUUAGUUUAUAUUUGUUUUACGUUACCAAGGACUUGGGCAUAAAAGGCACUGUAUUCAAAAUGCUGACUACGUGAUACAUUCAAACCAUUUAUACUCUUUAAAGGUAAGGCACUUGUUAACUUAUUUAAGUAAAAUUCUUUUAUUUUAAUUUGAGGAAAUGUUAGAUACAGAUAUUUGGUUCAGUUUAUUUGGAAGUUAUUUGAGUGAGGCCAGUGAGGUUGAUUGAGGGAAAAAAUAUGUACCUGACUAUAGGGUAAAAAUAAGAGGCUAGGCAGGGAAAAAAUUGGUGGCUAGUUAUUAAACAUGUUUUUGGAUGUAAAUGGUUAUGUAGUGGCUGUCAGGGUAUAACUAAGUUUGGACUGGUUCCUGUGGCAGACUGGAGGUAAGUGGGUAUGUAUAGGUAGUCAUGGUAUAGAAUGGGUUAAGUUCAGACUUGUUUCAGUUGGAGUUUGGAGGUAAUUAGCUAUAUAGAGUUAGUCAUGGUAUAGCAACGAUUUGGUUGGGACUACUUUUUAGAUAUAGUUUGGAGGUAAGUGGUUAUCUUACAUCACUUACUCUCUCAGGUAUGCAGAUUGAGUUUUCUCAUACAAUGCGAGACCUUGGUGUCUAUUUAGACAUAACACUUACUAUGGAAAAUCAUAUUAACAUGCUUUUCCUAGAGUUGCGCAGGAUUAGUCACAUCAGACCUUUCUUAACGUUAGAUGCAUUAAAGAGGCUAAUGUCUGCAUUUGUGUUAUCCCGCAUGGACUACUGCAAUGCUCUCAUGGUGGGUCUCCCAGCUACGCUCCUGGAUAAAAUUCAAAGAGCACAGAAUAAUGCUGCUCGCAUUGUUCUUCGCAAACGCAAAUUCGACCAUGCUAAAACACUUCUGAGAGAGUUGCAUUGGCUGCCGGUCCACGCUCGCAUAGAGUACAAAAUUGCAACUUUGUGCUACCGCUGCUUACAUGAUCUGGCACGUCUUAUCUCAAAGCACUCAUGACGCCUUAUGUACCCACUAGAGAGCUCCGCUCAUCCGAUAGUGGCGAAGUAUCGAUACCGUGUGAUCGCCUUGAGACUUACGGAAAGCGCACUUUUGCAUUUACCGGCCUUACAAUUUGGAACGCACUUCCUGUCGCUCGCAGAAACAGCCAGACACUGGAGUCCUUUAAAACCGAUUUAAAAACACAUCUAUUUCGCAAACACCUUCUGGGGUGAUGCUAUCUAACAUCUUUUUCAGUUAAUGUAUAUUUGCUUGUGUUGUUUAUGGUUGAAACGGGAUGAAAGACUUUGACUGGGUAUGCUCGUAUGUAGUUUCAUAUUGUUGCGUCUGUUAUUAAAUGUGGUAAAUUUUAGAUUGCUUUUUAUUUUUCUUAUUUAAUAUUGUUCACUUUGUACCACGUUUCGAGCUUUUGGGGAUGAAGCGUGAUUUUCAAAUAAACUUUAUUAUUAUUAUUAUCUAGAGGGUAUCAUGGUAUAGCACGUCUAAAAUACCGCUAAUUCCUGGUUGAGUUUGGAGGUAAGUUAGUUUUUAGAGGUAGUCAGAAGACAGCUAAGCUAAAAAAAAAAGUGUUUGGAGGUAACUGGUGAUGUACUGGUAGUCAUUGAAUAGCAUGGCUAGCUUGGGACUCGUUCCUGAUGGAGAUUGGAGGUCACUAAGUAUGUUUGUCUAAUUUUAGAUUGACAUUCCUCGUGCCCUCCUGUUAUAUGAACAUGAAAUUCAAAAUGACCCUCACCAGAUUCGUGACAUUACACAAUCAAAACAAAAUAACCACUUUAAUUGCACUUCUUUUGUAUAAGUACUUUUGAUUGAAUAAUUAUAAGUUUGUUUGCCCUCCUGAAACGAAAUUGCAAACAUUAAAAAAAAAAAAAAUAGUGCAUUCCAUUACUUACGGGAACGUUUAAUAAGCCGCGAUCCAAGUCGAAUAGCAGCUCAUUGAAAAUUUCGUGGAAAUUCUCACAUCCGAUUAAAUUACUGGUACUAUUUGAUGUUUCAACUCGGUAGGUCAUAGAGUGUAAGAUUAAUAAAGCACUCGCGUCAAUGAGCUGAUUUACCAAAAGUAAUAACUGUAAAUUUUCGCGACGAUAUUUGCUAUUCCACUGUGUAAAACUCAGUUUUACAGUGUUGGUUCAACUGGAUUCCCGAUUAAAUAUAUUAGUGAAGUGUCCAACGCCAACACAGUGACAGCCAAAAUCUUAUCUCCCCCUCAUAAUAAAUUAUGCAAACUUUUCCGUCUCUGCUGUAUCAGGUACAACUUCAGAGAUCCAGUUAAAAUUCCUCAGAGUCCAUUAGCCAUCAAUGACAUCUGGUACUGAAUCUUUAAGGCUGAAUAAUUUGAACCAAGAAGAGGAAUAACGCUGGUAUUCAUGUUAGCCAAACUUGUGUAUUAAUCAGGUCAACGUUGACAAGUAUGCUUUUUUAAGACAUCGGAGUCUGUACGUUGGCAUAGCUUAAUUCACCAUCAAUUAUAUCUUCACAUUUAUCCCAGUGUUUAACCUUAUAGCUAUUUCAAAGAAAUGAACGGCUCUCCUGCGCCCGGAGCGUAAGAGAGGUUUGCUCAUUUCAAGACGACACGGGGUUAGUGUCAGUAUGGGGUAUUUAUGGACGGGUCGUAUCUGUGAUUGUGAGGCAGUCGUUUCCCUUUGGGGUAGCUAAUCAAUCUAGAAACCGACUGAAAGUGAUUUUUCUAGACCGAAAUUUUGAAAUUCGUUCGCGCAUACAUUCUGCAUACAUCGAAAAGUGAAGGGGGAAAGUAUCAAUAUUUACAUUCUUUUCAUAAAAAAUGAGAUCAUCGUGAAUAUUAAUAAAUAAAUAAACAUAUAAUGAAUACUUUGGCUUUUACCAUUUUAGUUACAAAUUUAUUUAAAUUUCUUGAAAAUUUUGUAAAGUAGUAUGGUACAAAAAAAAUUGGAACUGGAGGAGGGUAAUUCAUACAAAAUAGUCCCUUUUGCUAUAUAACAAAAUUACAAUCUAGAGAAUAUAACUACAAUAACUAUUGCGGCUGUAAGAGAGCCAAUUAUUACCUAAAAAACAAUAAUAAGGCUAUAGAAAUCUCACCACAAUGUUUCGCCGUUAUCGUCAUACUAAUGCUUUGUGUUUUCAUCGCCUAGUUCCGACAUAUUAAACUUUCCGAGCUGGUAAUGUAAUUGUUUCUCAAACGACAUCUGAAUUGGUCUACUAAAUCAUAAAAGUAAACAGGCCAUCAGUAAGCUCACUACAUAAUUAUUUUAAGAACUCGUGACGCAUGCACACACGUGUUAUUUCGUCAAUAGCAAUGUUUAUGAGCAUGAUUAUGAUCACUUUCAAGAAAACAAUGAAAUGAAAAAGCCUAAGUUUCCUUAAUAAAAAGUAAUAAAACAAAAAUAAAGAUGGAAAUAUUAUCAUUCUCAAGGAUUAUUCAGUAUUAUUUACCUUUGCCUAUGACAACAUUGAUGGGCGUGAUAAAGCUUAAUCAAAAUGAAUAUCCCAAAAUUCUAAUAAAAAUAAUGAUAUAAAUAUUAACAUUCCUUUAGUUUUUGUCCACAAAACUGUUUAUAUUUGCCUAGGCCAAUUUGAAAUUUAAUUUUUUGGAAACAAAAGACAAGUAGGGCAUCAUGCACCUGUGAAUAGUUUUCGCAGAGUAUUAGUCAUAUAACAUACGAUGACAGCAAGACGUCGAGCAAUAAUGAAUAUCGGAUCGCCGGCCUAAAGACAGACAUACAUACAAUCUGACUUCCGGUAGAUGACCAAAAAACCACAGUCACUUUCGACAAGUGGUCAAAUGGCAAUUUUCCGCGCCGAAACCGAAGCCGAAAUUCGAUCUGUCUCUUCUUUGGACCCCACAUGGUGCUAAGCUACCACCUGUGGCUCCAAGAAGCUGUAGCAUGCACAUCGGCCACACAAUGGAAAUCUGCUUUGACUAGCCUAACCAGGUGAGGGGUUAGUAGAACUACCUCAGGUCUUCGGUAAACAAGGGCUCGUCCCCCCGCAUCAUGUGGAGAAUGUAUCCAGAGGAUUGCACGAGGAACAACAGAAAAUUGAAGACAGCAACGCGAUGUGAACCACUCGGAGCGUGGCAAGACACUUAGAACGACUUGGUCAUUAGUGCACCCUUUCCCGUCCCCAGCCGUCUCAACCUAGUCUUACUGCUGGACUCAGAUGGCGUUGGGCGAGAGACUGACUUAAAUUUAAAUCAUAGCGCGUGUCGUCGUUUUAAACAUACUUACACUCUAGUUUGUUUUCUCCAUCAUCUACUAAGUCCUCUGACGAUGGGUCAGUGACAAAGCGGCAAAUGUGGAAACAUUGGCAGGUGUGGGUAAAUGACAGGUGUGGGUACUAUGGCAGGUGUUGAAACAAUAGCAGGUGUGGGUAGUAUGGCAGGGGAGGGGGAAAAGGCAGGUGUAGGUACAAUUGCAGGUCUGGUUGCAAUGGCUGGUGUGGGUACACUGGCAGGUGUGGGUAAAUGGCAGGUGUGGGUACACUGGCAGGUGUGGGUAUUGUGGCUGGGGGUACCAUGGCAAGUGAGGGUACCAUGGCAGGUAUGGGUACCAUGGCAGGUGGGGGUAAAUGGCAGGUGGAGAUACCAUGGCAGGUGUUGGUACCAUGGCAGGUGUGGGUAAGUGGCAGGUGUGGGUACCAUGGCAGGUGUGGGUAUUGUGGCUGGGUGGUACCAUAGCAGGUGGGGGUACCAUGGCAGGUGGGGGUAAAUGGCAGGUAGAGGUACCAUAGCAGGUGGGGGUACCAUGGCAGGUGUUGGUACCAUGGCAGGUGGGGCAUUUACCGUCCAUCUCCAUGGUAUCGAGGUGGGGGUACCAUGGCAGGUGUUGGUACCAUGGCAGGUGGGGGUAAAUGGCAGGUAGAGGUACCAUAGCAGCUGGGGGUACCAUGGCAGGUGUUGGUACCAUGGCAGAUGGGGGUAAAUGGAAGGUAGAGGUACCAUAGCAGGUGGGGGUACCAUGGCAGUUGUGGGUACCAUGGCAGGUAGAGUUACCAUAGCAGGUGGGGGUAACAUGGCAGGUGGAGGUAAAUGGCAAGUAGAUGUACCAUAGCAGGUGGGGGUACCAUGGCAGGUGUGGGUACCAUGGCAGGUGUGGGUACCAUGGCAGGUAGAGGUACCAUAGCAGGUGUUGGUACCAUGGCAGGUGGAGAUAAAUGGCAGGUGUGGGUACCAUGGUAAGUGUGGGUACCACGGCAGGUGGAGGUAAAUGGUAGAUGUAUGUACAUUGGAAGUCGUAGUCGCAAACCUGCACAUAGAUGGCUCUUGCUAUAGGGUUGUUCAUCACUGUAAUCGGGCAGUAAUGGAUGCCGAGCAGCCCUUUGAGCGGCUGAGCAGUUCUCAUUACGACCAACAUAAAGUAAAAAAAAAACAUAAUUCUUUGAAGGGUUAACAUCUUGGGAAGGUUCUACUGGUAACUACAUCAAAUUAAGUUCUGCUUAUUCUUAACUACACAUCACUGUGUAACAACUGUACAGUGUCCACUCCAUAAAAAAUUUGGGGUAAUAAGAUUAAAUUUAAAUGAGUGCUCAAAGUAAGGAAAAAUUGCUCCGAUAAGGGUCUAGGAGGUAUUGCGAUUUAGGGCUAGGGAAUUGGGUGUCAGCAAAGCAUGUUUUGGAGAAGAGUUGAGUUCCUAUUUGAUGUAUGAGAAGAUGUUGAUAUUUGGGAAGAGAGAAUUAAACAUUUUUUUAAAAAUUCACACACAAAAAAAAUAAUUUAAAAAUCCUAUUUUUAAUGAUGCAAUGAGAGAAUGGGGUAAUAUGUAAAUAUCUCAGAAUAUUGAAACCAAAAAAAAAAAUAUUAAUAUUUAAAAUGGCAGGACGAUUGUAACGCAUCACUUCAUCCUAUGUUUCAAUCGUAUAUUAUUCAAGUUAGUUAUGUAAAUAAUUUGUGAUUAACUUUUACAUAAAAUGCAUUUCAAAACUUUUUUAUUCAAGGUUUCGAUUUGCCAAAAAUGGGACAGUCUCAGGCCAAGUAUGCUGAAAAGGAAGACAAUUUUUCGGAUGGUCCAACCAAAAGUGGACGGACACCAGGAAGCAGCGAUUCAAAAAUGAAUUACCUGCUCAUAGGAAAAGCUGGAAACGGAAAAAGUUCUUCGGGAAAUGCCUUAGUAGGGGAAACUGUUUUCAGAUCUUUUAAUGCCUCAACUGCGGGCACUAAAUUUGUAUGGAGUUACAAAACCAAACGAUUAGGAAAAGACGUGUGUGUUGUUGACACACCUGGCAUUAGUGACACCGAGCAUCAAGAAGAUAUUAAAAACGCUAGAUUUGCAAGAAAAUAUAUGACGAAAGCAUUUAAUGUAUGCCAAGAAGGCUUUGAUGCAUUGCUGAUUGCUUUAAAUAUUACCAAUAGAUUCAGUUUGGAAGAACAGAGCGUGAUUAAGCUGCUAACCGACAUUUUCGGAGAGGUUAUGUUUGAUUACACAGUUCUAAUCUUUACUCGUGGAGACAAUUUUGAUAGUGAUCAUCAUUUGGCUGAUGCUGACAAGAGUCAAGCCUUUUUCAAGUCAUGGUGCAAACAACAAGUAGGUCUUCUUGGAGAAUUACUAAAGAAAUGUCAGUACAGGGCUGUGUUGUUUCAUAACACAGACACAUAUAAGUUACAUAGAGACGUGGAGUUACUUGCCUUAGAGAAUGAAGUUAAGAAAAUACCAACAAAAGGGUCUCGGUAUACAGAGAGAAUUUUUCAAAUGAAUGAACACAGGAGAAAUCAUAUGAUACUAAAUAAUUAUCUACCAGAACUUGAAAAAGAAAUUGAUGAAAAUCUUCUUUCCCUGAAGAAAGAAGUUCAGCUCAUUGAAUCAGGUGGAGCAACAAUUACAGACAAGGCUAAGGGAGCUUUGGAAGCUAUAGAUAAGCACGGCUCUAAGUAUCCUACUCUAGAUACUUUGAAGGCAGCUCUAGGAAAUUUACAACAUAAUUUUAAACUUCAAACAACGAAUCAAGCAAAGUUUCACCUCACUACUCAAAUUCAGGAAAUAAUUAAUUGAUGGCUUCGUUUUGCGUGAGCUAAGAUCUCUGAGUAAUAUCAUUGAAAAUUUAAGAAAGCCCGAAGAACACAAAGAGGAACUGAAAUUCAAAGCGAAUCAGCUUGCUCGGUACAUAGACGAAGAAGCUCUUGGAACGAAUAAACUCGAUGGCUGGAAAAAUAAAGUGAAAAUGCUUUUACUUGAAAUUGAUGAUUUAGAUACAAAGGGAUCUGGCACACUUACAGAACAUAAAUAACCCGAGGGAUUAUUGUUAGGUCGCAUGAUUCGCAAAACCCGACUGCAUGGUGUUUACAUUUUGCUAUAGCUAUUGUGAUCUUUUAUACUGUAGCAAAUGUGGGGGAUGUCAAAAUCCUACUUUAUUAGAAGACAUCUUUUUUUCCAAUAAAAACCCAGUUCAUAAAUAACCCGAGGGAUUAUUGUUAGGUCGCAUGAUUCGCAAAACCCGACUGCAUGGUGUUUACAUUUGGCUAUAGCUAUUGUGAUCUUUUAUACUGUAGCAAAUGUGGGGGAUGUCAAAAUCCUACUUUAUUAGAAGACAUCUUUUUUUCCCAAUAAAAACCCAGUUCAUUUAAAAACUUUUCGGCGGCAGGCAUGGGGUCCAAAAAGGAACAAGUUUAUUCUGAUAUUUUUUUGUUAAGGUAUUUAUUCAUGACUUGAUUGCAGGGGUUCUAAAAAUUUGUAUUUUUUAGUCUUUAAGUUAAACUGAGGCCUUAUUGUUUACACUUUAUGAUUAAUCAGGAAAAAUAUCAAAAACCAUUCUGUACCUGUAAAAUGUAUGCAUAUUUUUGAAACUCCGAAUAAAUUAAUUAUCCGAAAAGUUUUAAUGAAGUUAAAUACAUAAUUUAUAAAAGUGAGAUGACAAUAUUAUUUUAUGUGGAAGCUUAUCGACAUUAUGUUUUAGAUGUUUUGUAAUUUAUUUGCACUUUUGGCCAAGGACUAACUCAUAUUUAUUUUGUACCAAUUUUAAAAAAAUAUAUUCUUCUCUAAGAGUCAUAUAUCUACCUUGAUUUCUUUAAAUCUUUCUAACAUUGUUACUAGCCACCGAAACAAUGACAUACGAAACUAUGAUAUACGAUACUAUGAACAACGAUACCGACAUUUGAAUAGGAACAAACAAGUAUCUACAAAUGUGGUGGCUCUUGUUGGAUAGGUUUUUUUUCUAUGUUCAAGUCAGAUUAGUUUACUUCAAGGAUCUGGGAACAGUUUAAUCUAGUACCCAAGAGUAUAUUGUUUUGUUUACGCCGACAACACCUCAUCCGUUUGAAAGGGAGAACAUUUUUGAAAUUUAAAUUAGUUAUUUUUGAUGUCUUUAUAACAUUUAGAAAAAAAAAAUUGUACAUUUCAAAAGUUUAAGCUGUGUGUAUGUAUGUUUGUGUGUAUGUGUGUGUGUGUGGGGGGGGGGAAUAAAUCUAAAUCAGCCUCUUAACUAACAAUUCAAUGUAAGACAAU